UGUCGGCCGCCGCCGCAACCGCACUUCAUGUUGUGCUCCGCGGACGGGAGAGGCAUCCGCGUUGGCGGCCCAGAUUUAGCUAUUGUGUGAGACCCUUACGUAAUCCGAAGUUAGUUGGAAACAGAGCAGGCUCAGUAGUCACUUUUUAUAACAAUGGACCUACAAAUAGAGGCAAGUGACGCCUCCAGAAAUGAAGUAGAAGUAGGAGGUGGAGUAAGCGAGGAAAAGCUUGGCAAGCAAUUGCAGGCAGUGGACGUCGGGAAUCAGGAAUGCGGGGAUGCAAAGGAAACCUUGAAGGACUCAGAGGUUAGUGAUAGUGCACGCCAGUCAGAGCGCCCCACCAUGGGUUCGGGGGAGAGCAAGUGUGAGGUGCAGGCCAACGGCGAGGCCCUUGCCAACGGCGUGCGCGAGGAGGGAGCCAGCGGCGGGGACCCCAGUGGAGCCAUCAGCAGCAAAGACUUCAGUGUCGUGCCAGACCCGCAAGAACAGGAGGUUAGUCAGAAUGAAAACGACGAGGAAGAAACAAAUAUUAAAGUUACUGAACUGAUUAAUGAAAUAUUAAACCAGUCAUCUUAUUUAGAAGAUAACAAUCUGAAUGGGCUAGAGUUUGCGGAUACUUUGCCAGGAGAGAUGGAUGCUACAGACCUUAAUAUUGCAGUUAAAAGCUCAUCACAUGUGUUGUACCUUAAUCAUAGAGAGGAAAAUGGUUCAUCACCCGACUCAGAUUCCAAUAUGACCACUGCGAGCGAGGGCUCGUCCACCCCAACAAGCGAGUUAUCUUCAACCUCGAUACACUCAUCUGACCAGCAGAACUUUCUUAAUACACAAGAUGCAAGGGUUUUAACCCACCUGAUAUGCUCUAACAAUUUGGCAGAUCCAGAUUGUAGAAUAGAAGACAAGCUUUCAAAUGAAUGCAAUCCAAAAUUAUUGCUUGAGGUGAGUGUUCCUGAUUGCAUAAAUGACUUAGACACCUUAUCAGUUAAAGAAACCAUAUUAGAAAGUAAUGAUUCCAGUAUUUUGGUUAUGGAACUUAUUGGAGAGGCUGCUGUCCCUCAAACAUCAAAAGAAAAUGCAUCCUUAAAGGGUGGACUGGAUGCUGAGGCCAUAGAUUGUGUGAACUUUGAUGAAGGAAAAGUAAAUCCAGAUGUUAAUAUCUCACAAGAGACAAGUACACAGUCAGAUCAGUAUCACUCCAUUGUAGUAAACAGCUCAGAAACAGAGAUGGCCAAUACUCAACAAAAGGGGCUAGUGGAAGAGUUGGAACCAGUUCGAGAUGUUGAUAUAAGGGAAGCAACAGAAGAUGUAAAGAAUUCUGAGAUAACUGUAAAAGCGGAUAUUCAAACAUUUGCUGAAAUUACCAACUUGUCAGAAAUUACUGAAGUAUUUGAGAACAAAACAUGUACACAAAUAACAAAUUCAGAAAAUAAGGAAGCAGAGGCUGUAGAUGACACAGAUUUUGCAGAUGUCAUUUCUACAGAAACUAGAGCCAAAGAUGUAAAUGUGGCUGGUGCAGAAAUGGAGACUGAAUCAGAAAGAAAUCAGGAAGAGAUAAAUGAAAUGGACCCACCAGAAAUAAGUGAUUCUGUAAACCUUGAAGUAUUUGGUGACCAGGUAAGCACAAGCACAAGUGCUAUUAUUUCUGAUGAGGGAAGGGAUGUUGAAAGUGAAAAGGAAUCCAUGGAGAUGGCAGUAGAAUGUCAUGACAGAGAAUUAGGAGAAGAAAGAAAGGAGGGAGAUUUGCUUAAUGAGACUGACAAUCAGAUGGCAAUGGAACAUAUUACUGUAGAACCAGAAAAUUAUGUGGAGAAGAGUGACAUCACUGAGGCAGUUACUGCUCUAGAAACUCUUUCCUUAUCUGUAGAACCUGAAAAAUCUAUUCAGAGAAUUGAGAGUCAAUCAGCAGAGAGUUCAGACUCUGAAAAUACAAAUGUCAUGAAACAAAAUGAUACAGUUAAUAAUGAAUGUGAUGUGAAAGUUCUUUGUGAAGUUGAUAAAUCACAUGAAGUUAAUGAGUCAGCAGAAUUAUCAAGAGAAAUAAAACCUGUCAUAACUUCUGACAAGAAAGGAAAAGAAGAAAAUAUAGCUUCAGAGUAUGAUUGUGCCUGUAGAAGAAAUGAGACUACAGAGGAAGGUGGGAAUGUUAUGGUGGGAGUGUGGGCUGAAUUGCGGUCUUCUCUCCGGCAACUACACCGCUCUAUGAUACCACAGUCUUCCCAGGUGCUGAUUCAGCGUUCCAGGCCUUCCAUCAACAGGAUAAAAGCAUUGGCUAAUAUGUUGGUGAAUCAUGAUGCACAUCAGUUGUACCUUCGUAUCAGUCAUUUGGCCCAUGAACUGUGUAUUGAAUUAAAGGUACGUCUUCUAGCAACCAUUCAUGAUAGCCCAACACCAAAAGAAGCCACAGCUUUUAUACAGGGUAUCUGCGACUCUUACCAGUGGGUGAUGAGUGUUUGUGAAGCACUCCACCCUGCACUAGAACGUUUAGACUCGGAACACCUUAGUCGUUUCAAGCUCAACUGGGUGACUGUGAACAUGCACGUCUUCCACUCUACGAUAUUAACUGAUCCUGAUGUACAUGACUAUGCACAGAUCUGUAAAGAGAAGCUUAGAGAAACCCCAGGAGGUGAGGAUGUGUUGAGUUGUUUGGCAUCACUUCAUCGUACUUUAGCUGUAGCAGAAGCUGUUUGGGUACGUGCAGAUACACUCCUUCAAGAAUAUGCAAUUGAAAGAGCUGCUCUCAGUGCUCGACGGAGACAGUUACUGGCAGAUUGGGAACAAUUUAAAGCCCAGCAACGAACUCAACAGCAAGAAGCUGCCAAGGCUGGUGUCCCAAAUUUAGUGUCAACAUCGGCAGCACUUAGUGAGGAUGGUGGAGCGCAGUGCCCUUGUGAUGAUUGUGUUAAUGGUCGAACUGGGCAAUUAGAAGGCCAGCCCUUGUCAACCAAUGCACGCAUUGCUCUCUCAACCCCAGAUGUUCGCUCUCCAUCCAGUUGUGAAUGUCAUUUUUGCAAUGCUUCUAUGGCAGCUGCUACAAAUGAAGAACCUGUUUUGCCACCAUCGUCUGGAAGUUCACUGCCACCUCUGGCGCAGCCACAGCUGUCUUUGUAUCCACACAUUCAUAACACACCACCUGGAAGUGAUAUUGUUGGGACUGGUCAGUCAAGAGAAGAACUGGGACCCAUUCCGCCUGCACCAUCUACAAAGCCUCCCAUCACAACAAAUCCCUACUUGGGAAGUGACCUUUUAACUGAACAGCUAAUGAGGGAAUGGGAGUUAGUAUAUGGGGAUGCCCUCACACCACCUGGAUCACACCCAAUUCUGCCUCCUCCUCCUGAUGCUGUUAUCCAGCAUUAUGAAGGUGAUCCAUCAAGUCUAGUGAGUGGUGUGGAGACAAUGCGUAUCAGUUCUUCUCGACCCUCCUACACCCGUGCCAUGGUGGAUCCUUCCAUGCCAUAUGUGCCUGACUCCUGCACCACUGCUCGUGCACAUACUACCAUUCUGCCCAGCUCCCAGCCUUCAGCUUAUGCUGCUGACCAUACUGUAUCCUCUGCCCAUUCUGUGGCUAAAGUUCCUGUAAGCAGCAGAAGCAGUACUCCUAGUUGUGAGGGCAAUGUAUCAGCCAUCAUACCAGAUGUAAUAACAGCUUCAGGAAAGAGCUGCUGUACGACCAGCAACACAACAAGUGUCAUUACCCAUACACAUGCUCAUCAUACUCACACAACUGCUACUGCUCAGAAAGGUAAAUGCUUGGGCAAGGUAGAGGAAAUUAGAAAACGACAAUUGGAUCGUGCAGAUACUUCAACUAGCAGAGAAAGUGUAGGGGAAAGUGAAACUAGUGGUGGAGAUGAAUGGAGUAGUGGAGAUGAGACGGACUCCUCAACCACAGUAUCUUCCACUCAUCAGGAUCCUCACUGUGACUGCUGUUAUUGCCACAUGCUCCACCAUAAGCAGGGUGGCGGCCGGCAGAAAUAUAGUGACAGAAGAGAGAGAUUACUCAAAAUCUUAUCCCGUAAGAAAAAUGCUCGCAACAAUGCUGUGUGUCCUAACGCUACCACAGCAAAUGCAGUUACAGCUGUUUCUGAUAAUACUGAAGUCCCUACAAGCACAGGAGGGACACCACUUGGAGGGCAGAAUAUAGAUAAAAUUAUGGAUUAUAUUGAAGGCAAUCAGACAGAUGAAGCAAAACGAGCUAAGAAAGCAGCCAAAAAGGCUCGUCAGAGGCAAAAGAAGUUAGCAUUGAAAAAGGAGAAGAAAGAAGAGGAAAAACUUAAACUGGAAAAUAAAAAGGGGGAAUGUGAAGAAGAGGAGGAGGAGGUUGAAGAUGGACCUUUGGCUGAGCUAAGAAGACGAGCUCCAGACGUGACCAUCACUGUUGUCCGACCAGGCCAGCAGACAUCACGCACAACCUCAUCUCCUCAAAUGGCUUUUCAGCGACCACGUGAUCCAUCCCCUCCUGCUAUGGAAGUCUAUAAACCUCCACAAGCAAAACUUGUACCUUCACUAGCUCAGUCAUCUGAAGAACUUUCAUCGCAGUCUCAAUCUUCCUCAAGAACUAUUCUACAUCCUUCCCGGCAUUCUACCCAAGGGAGGCAACCACAAUCUCAACCUGGCAAGCACUUUGCAGCAUCUGCCCCAAGCUUCAGCAAUCGUGAAUCUGCUGAGCGUGCAAUGGCUGGUGGGGGUGAACCAGGAGGCCUUAGCAAUAUCUUGAAGGCGAUGGACACAUCUGGAAAAGAAAAAGACAAAGGGUCACAAAUGGUAACCAUAAGAAGGGUAAUGGACCCUAAUAGUGCUGAGCCGACAGUUACCAUCACUCUGAAAGGAGAACAACCAGAAAAAGAUAAAGUGCUCUUUAAACUUAUUAAUGGUCAAGCUGUGGCAGGUAAUGGAGGAUCUGGGCAAGGAGGGAAGAAAGGCAGUAAAUCCCAGAAGAAUUCAAAGCCUCAAGCUCAGCCCCAUUCCAAGGCUCAGCCCAAACUCCAGCCCCAACCCCAACCCCAACCCCAACCCCAACCGCAACCCCAACCCCAACCCCAACCCCAACCUUUUGAACCAAUAGUGCCUGAAGGACUGGAUCCAGAAGAGUUAAGGAAACUAAAGAAAAGGCAGAAGAAAGAGAGACAGAGGUUGAAAAGGCAGCAAGAGCAGAUGCAAGAACAGGAGAAGGGUCAAUUACAGCAGCUGGAGAUACAGAAGCAGCAGGAAUUUCUAAGGCAGCAACAAGAGCAAAUUCACCAGCAGCAGCUAGCCCUGCAGCGGCAACAGGAGCAACUCAUCAAGCAGCAACAACAGCAACAGCAAACACAAAACAGUAAUUCAAAGAAAAAUAAAAAGAAAAACAAAGGAGGAAAAAAUGUAACUAAUAGCAAUAAAAACAAUAAUAAGAAUGGUGGAAACAAAGGUAAUAGUAAUGGAGUGUCAGCUUUGGUGUAUGAUGGAGACAAUAUGGCUCAGUCAUUUAACCUGCCCCCUGGAGUAACCAUAAAUAAAGUAGCUGGACAGCCAGGAAUGGUUACAAUAUCCAAUAAUAUGGGAGGUGCCUUUUCACAACCUUUCUUACCGAAUCCAAACAUUUAUCCUAGUCCAGUUGUCCAGGGCUUCCCGAUGUCAGUUGCAAAAAAUUCACAAUUACCUAAUUCUUACAACAGUGCCCAUACUCCAAGUCUCAGUUGGAAUAGUGCUAUUGAUAAAGCUGGUAGUUACCCAGAUAAGGAUAAUGUAAUUGUAGUGGAUACAAACAAUAGUUUCUUAGGGGCAAAUUCAUCACCUAACAGUAAGACUGCAGAUCCAGAGGUGUCUUCUGAAGAAAAAAUUAUGAUGGCUAUCAAAGGUUUAAUUGAGCCUAGUUCUCUCACUGCAUCACAAAGGAAGAAAUAUAAGAAGAUGAAGAAGGCAAUACAGGAGGAGGAGGAAGAGGAGAGGCAGAAGCAGAAAGAGGAGGAUGAUCUUAUGGAUCAGAUGUAUAAUUUGGCCAGUGGGAAUUGGACCAGGAUCAACGAGGAUAAAACAAACCACUCACAGGGGAAGAACCAAAGUAAAAAGAAUCAAAAGCAAAAAGAAAACAACAAGAAGCAAGCUUCUCAGACAGCUAACAAUAAACAGAAUGCACAGCAGAGUGCAAAGAAUAAUAAACAACAAAUGGCACAGGAGAGCCAUCAGCAAAAACAGAAGCAAAACAGCAAAAAUAAUACUAAACAAAGCAACAAAGAUAACACAUUGCAGAAUAUAACCAAUCAGCCAAAGAAAGAAUCUGUAUCCAGUGCCAGAGAGAAGGGCAAACAGCAGUCACAUCAUCAGGAAGAGAACAGACAAUCCAGUCAACAGAAACAGGGGCAGAAGAAAGUGACAGAAAACCAACAAAAGAAAACCCAACAGCAGAAACAAGCUCAACAACAGAAGCAGGACAAGCAGAUGCACCAUCAACAGAACCAAUCACAGCAUCAGAAGCAGCAACAAAAACAUGAUCAAAAGCAUCAGCAGCAACAAAAGGGUAAACAGGAAAAGCAUGGCAUGUCAAACAACCAAAAGGUAGACCCAAACAGCAUUGGAAAUUACCCUAACAGGAUUGGGUAUGACCCUCAAGAUAUUGCACAUGAAGCCCGCUAUGCUCAGUACUUAGCUGCCAAUGCCAAUACUCUAGCUAAAAUGAAUUAUAGUACUUACAAUGGCAGCAUUACUGGGGAACAGGGCCAGGAUCAGUACUUGAUAACAGAGGAAGAGAAGCUUAUCACCAAAAAGAAAAUGAAAAAGAAAGGCAAGAAAGGCCAUCUUGAGGACAUGACCAUUGAUAGUGUGUUCACCCCAAAGGAUGUUGCUGAGGGAGAAUUAGAUGAAACAGAAAGGGAUGUAGAGGCCUUCAAACGUUUUUGCUUUAAUAAUGUUCCUCGUCACUCUGGGGAAAAACCCAAAGUGAAUUUUAAUGUUAAAGACAUUAUGAUCAAGAAGAGGCCCUGCAAUGGCAACCUUUAAUAUAUGUCAGUCUUUUAGAUACAGAUGUAGUUUUGAAACCAUUAUGAUGAAGUGAAUAUACUUGGUAAAUGUAAAUAGGAGGAUACCAAAAAGAAGUUUGUUCUGAAUUCAGCUGUUCCUUGUGCAAAAUGUAUUUAUUAGUUGUAUAAGUCUGGUAUAUACCACUGACCAGACCAAAUUUCAUUUAGUUAUAUUAAGAAAAGAUCUUGUGAUGCAAGAUGUGUACUUUAGGCAUCAUGAGCAUUGGUGCUUCAUUUGAAAAUGACACCAGUGAUUAUUAAAAAGUAAAUUUCAUUUGUUCUCAU